AUGGCAGACACUUGCCGUACAACAUGGGUUUAUCUCACCAGAAGGCAGAUACUUGCUGUACAAAAUGGGUUCAUCUCACCACAAGGCAGACACUUGCCGUACAACAUGGGUUCAUCUCACUACAAGGCAGACACUUGUCACCUGCUUAUUGUUGUUUUAGACUUAUGGAAGUUAGUUUCAUAUGUUAUCUCCGACUGUCGGCGUUACUGUACAUUGUUUGAUAGAGUCAAGAUAAAUCAAAAUGAGCGAUCAGUGGGCCAGAGUUUGUUGUCUUCCUGGGCACAGAAAGGACCAAUCCAAGUGUACAUUGCUAAAUAUAAUUAUGACCCUUUUGAGUUUUCCCCCAAUGAGAACCCGGAGGCGGAGCUACCACUUUCUGCAGGAGACUAUGUGCUGAUUGUUGGAGAGAUGGAUGAGGAUGGUUUCUUUGACGGAGAAUUGAUUGAUGGUCGACAAGGUCUGGUGCCAUCUAAUUUCAUUGAGAAAGUUGAAGGCAAGUAUAUAGUAGAUUCUUAUGAAGAUUUGCUGCAGUUUCAUGCAGCUCUGCUCCAGGCUGGACAUGGCUACUACAUACCCCCCUGUCCUAGAAGUCUGUGCCUGGACCGACAACUGACCAACAGCCUGCUCAUCAGCUGGAGAGGUCCAGACCCCAGCCCCGGUCUAGAGAUCCAGUCCUACCAGGUUCUAGUGGAUGGUCAACUGAAGACUUCAGUCAAGGCUGCAGAGCGGACAAAAGCACUCAUAGAAGGUGUUAGUUCCAACACUAUACACAGAGUUUGUGUUCGAUGUUUGUCAAACAGAGGCCAGUCAAAGGAUGCUCAGUGCACAAUGGUUGUUGGGAAAGGUACAGUUUUGUUUUUCUUCCAAAGAGAUGAUGUGUACCCGGUUCCCUCAGAGCUGAAAGUCUCCCAUGUAUCACCAACAUCAGCCUCAUUGUCCUGGUUGCCUGGCAACAGUAACUACCAACACUCCAUUAUUGUCAACGGGAAGGAAGUCCGGGUGGUCAAGCCUGGAGUGUUCCGUUGCACUUUAACAGGGCUUACUCCUGGUACAUUACAUAAAGUGACCUUGAUCGCCAAAAGUAUUUCUGGUGCACUGAAUGAGGAGAAGUCUCGCAAGUGGGUGGAGAAUGUGUCGGCAACCAUCCAGUUUGCAACCACUGCAGCAGGAACCACAGAGCCUCCACUCAAUGUACAGGUGGAGUCUGGACCCAGGGUCGGCACAAUUCUGCUGACCUGGUUGCCAGUGACGAUCAACUCAUCUGGCGUCUGCAACGGUGUUGUCGUCACAGGAUACCACAUCAUGGCUGAUGAAAGAAAAGUCCAUUUUGUGCCUGGCCCAACUUCUGAUCAUGUGGUUCUCAGCUCCGAAGACUUUAAGGGCCACAUUCCCAGCCAGCUGACAGUACGUACAGUUUGUAAAGGUGGCCUGGAGUCGGUGGAUUCCGAAGUUGUUCUGCUUCCCCAGGUGUUGAUUCAAGAGAUGGCCCAGGUGCCAGCUAGCCCUUCUCUCAAGCCAGUUGUUGCAAAGGCAGGUAAAUCCCCCAGCAGUGAUGAGCCCAAAGACCAUGACACAGAUGAUGAAAUAGAAGAAGCCUUUAGAGAAGCCCAAAACCUGCACAAGAGAAUAAGUGCGGUUAGCGAGCCCUAUUGCGAGUCCAGCAGCUCAGAGCUCUCAGAUAUUCCCGAAGUGGAAGAGGAUCUCAUUGCUUGCCAGGAUCCCCGUGUUAGUGAGGUCAGCAGCAGGCUGACCAAUCAGACGAAUUAUCCUAGUCAGGUUGAGAAAGGUUCCCCGCAGCCAGCCCCCAGAAAGUUGGUGCCCAGUGCCGUGGAUGCUGGCCCAAAGGAGUUCCAUGCUCAGAAACCAACAAUAGGCUCAGGCAAACUGCUGGCGGCACCUGCUAGGAUAGUCCCUGCAAUAGAGAUCAUCAGAGACAGUAGUACAGAGAGAGGCACAUCGGCUGAUGAAGAUAUUGAUGACAGUAAUACCCCUUCCACACACAGCACACCAACCAAUGUGCCUGGGAAAGUCCGUGUGCCUGAUGCUGGUAUUUCAGCCAGUUUUGGAGAUGCUCAAAACCCAAGUGCUUUUCGACAUGUGGAUCAGACUCGGCACAAAGACAAUCCAGAGUUGGCUCACCCGUCAGGAGGGAUAGUAGAGGGGGAGACUGUUGAUAAACACAGGGUCCCCAGAACGCAGCCAACAAUCAGCCAUCGGUCUCAAGCUGCAACUGCUGAUUCUAGACCAGCGCCUGACAGCCAGAACUCUCAUCACAAACAUGUCAAGCCAUGGUCAGAAACCAGCUCUGAGCACAGAAAACAUGCAGCAGGGUUCCUUCCCUCCCCCAUCAGUCCACUGGAGGAUGCUGGAGAUACUGACUCUAUUUCUGGGGAAAUCAACACAACCGUGGAUGCAAACACUGUACGAUUAUUCAUCGCUUUAUUUGAUUAUGACCCAGUGACUAUGUCCCCAAACGUGGACUCCAUUGAUGAAGAGCUUCCAUUUCGAGAAGGACAGAUAUUGAAAGGAGAAAGUCUGGGCCGGUUGGGCUAUAUUCCCUGUAACAUGGUGUCCGAGGUUCAGAUAGAUGAUCCAGACAUUGUGGAGCAGUUAUUGCAGGAAACAGCAGAGAAACUAGGACAAACAAACAUAGGUAAGACAGCUCAUUCAACAGUCAUAGAUGAUCAUCCUGAUGAUGCUCAACUGACCCCCAAUGGGGUGGCCUUGAUACCGCAGCAAGGCCCCAUGGAGCUGUCUUUCAAAACUGGAGAUAUUGUGAUGAUCUAUGGAGAGAUGGAUGAGGAUGGCUUCUUUACGGGGGAGGUCAAUGGCCAGCAAGGCUUGGUGCCCUCCAACUUCCUGCAGCCAGCAGAUGAUGAUGGCUUGGAGAGUUCCAGCCUUACGUCUGCUGCAAGGUCAAGUUUUGCUGACAGAAUUUGUCUGUUUUCCCCACAGGUCCCCAAAAUAGGCCAGCAGCUUCCAGCGAGUGCAGACUCAAACAAGCAGUCUCUCAGUGUCAACUUCUCUGAAAUCAAAUCAGAAGGCUCUAGAGCUGGAACCUUGAGUCCAGCCGAUGAUGAAAAACCAAAGAAAAAAGGAGGUUUCCUCAACAAAAGCAAAAAUAUUUUUAAAAAAUUCACAAGAUGA